GGCGCGUGUGUCGCUGGCGCGCGUGUGCUACGCCCGCCCAGCGGUAGCUCUGCUGGACGACCCGCUCAGCGCGGUUGACCCACGGGUCGGCUGGGAGCUCUUCAAGCGUGCCAUCGGACCCGACGGCCUGUUGGCAAGCUGCGGCGCAACACGCAUCCUGGCUACACACCAACGCCAAUACCUGCCUCUGUGCGACCAGUUGCUGGUGCUGCGGCGGGGCCGGCUGGCGGCACUGGGCCCCUGGCGGCAGGUGGCGGCGCUGCAGCUGCCGGAGCUCACGGGGGGCUUCGGAGGAGCGGCAGCGGCAGGGGCUGGGGCGGGGCUGCAGCAGAAGGCCGCCUCCGCUGCCGACCUGACAGCACCCAUACAUGGGGAGCCGCUACAGCAGCAGCAGCAGCAGCGUCUUUCCGAAGGGGCAGUCGGCCAAGGAGGGUUGGAGGAAGACGCUCUUGUGCCUGCGGCAGGAGGUGAGGGGGCCCGGGAUGGGGACUGGCGGGAGCAGCAGGAGGC